UGGCCACCGUCUCGCAACCUCCCCCCAAAACCCUCUCGCCUCUCGCCGCUCGCCGCCGCCGCCGCCGGGCGAGCCACUGGAGAUGUCGCUGUCCAAGUCAAUCUCGGCGCGCCGCCUCGUGCCGGCGCUCUUCCCGCUCGCGCACGCCGACGCCGCCUCGGCCGCGGCCUCCCGCCGGGCGCGGCGCCGCGACUCGUUCGUCGCGACUCCCCCCACCCCGCCGCCCUCCCCCAGCGCCGUGCGCCUCGCGGAGCCCCUCCCGUCGCUCGCGCCCUCCCGCCUCGCGCUCCACAACCGCAUCCUCGCGCUCCUGUCCUCCUCCAAUGGGGAGGCGGCCGACCUCGCCGAGGCCUCGCUCCUCACCCGCCACGCGCUCCACUCCAACUGCCGCCCUUCCUCCUUCACCUGCGCCGCCGUCCUCGCCGCGCUCCUCCGCGAGCGGCGUCUCGACGACUUCUUCGCGCUCCACCGGUUCGCCCUCCAGGCCGCUGUCCCGCCCACCGCCGCCACGCACGCGCUCUACCUCUCGGCACUCGCCGCUCGCCGCCUCCCCGACGCCGCGCUCCACCACCUCCGCCUCAUCUCUCGCCCUGGAUCCCCAGUGCCCCCGUCACCAACUGCGUACCGCGUAGUCGUCAAGUCCCUCGUCGUCGACCAUGGCCGCCUCAUCGAUGCUGUCGAGCUCAAGGAUGAGAUGCUGGCCUCAGGGUUCGUCGGGCCUGAUCCACAGGUCUACAACCUUCUCAUGGCUGGGUUUGUGGAAGCCGGAGAUGGUGCGAAAGCCGUGGAAUUGUACGAAGAAUUGAAAGACAAGGUUGGAUGCGAGCCAAUUCUUGAUGGCAUUGUGUAUGGGAGCCUCAUGAAGGCUUACUUCCUUAUGGGAAUGGAGGAGAAAGCGAUGAAUUGUUACGAAGAGGCACUCGGUGUAGAAUCGGAAGUGAAAUUUGGAGCCCAGAGCUAUAAUGGUGUGGUUGAUGCACUUGGGCAGAAUGGAAGGUUGGAUGAUGCACUCAACCUGUUUGAAAGAAUGCUACAAGAGCAUGAUCCUCCACUGAGGAUUACUGUUGAUGUGAGAAGCUUCAGUGUGAUGGUGGAUGCCUACUGCGCUGCUGGGAGAUUUGAUGAUGCAAUUGCAGUGUUCAGGAGGAUGGGGGAGUGGGAGGUCAUCGCUGAUGUUGCAGCAUAUAAUAAUUUGAUCCGCCAUCUGGGUCUCCAACGGUUGGUAAGUGAGGCUGAGUUGCUCUACAAGGAGAUGGGUGAACGUGGUCUUAAAGCAGAUGAGGAAACACAUGUGCUACUGAUGGAGGGUUGCUUUAGGGUUGAUCGCAUCGAUAACGGCAUUAAUUACUUCUCCAGAAUGUCUGAGUUGGAGUUGAAGCCUGAUGCAAAUGCCUAUCAUAAGCUUGUUGAUGGCCUAAUUGGUUUCGGGAUGUUGGACAAUGCCCAUACUUAUUUCGAUCAGAUGAAGCAGCAAGAAAUUACCCCAAGCAUUGCAAGCUACAAGGCACUGCUAAAGGCAUACAUUGGUGCAGCUAGAUUGGACAGGUCAACUGAUGUCGCAAAGGAUAUUCUUUUGGACGAGAAGUUGGUGUUCAGUGAUGAAAUGAGAGAGCUUUUGGAAGGCGCUCUCCGUGAAGCAGGGAGGGAGGGUGACAUAACCAAGCUGUAUGAGGACGUGGAGAGGGAGAAAGCUGAGGCAGCAGCUCGGGCAGAAGAAGAGAAGGCAAGGGCAGAUGCUCUUGCCAGGGAAGAGAGGGAGAAGAGAAGGGCAGAGGCUGCUGCCAAGGACGAAGCUGCUGCUAGAGCUAGCGCCGCUGCCAUUGAAGCUAUCCUUGGGCACAAAAGGAAGACUGAAAAUGUAACAGGAGAAUCUGAUGCAAACACAGUGGAUGGUGGGUUCCGGAGCAUGUUUGGAAUUACAUCAGCUGGAGAUGGGGCGCUUCACGGCAUUUCUUUAGGAGGUGAAACUAAACAAGGAGAUGAACAGUAACAUGUUACAACCACCAGCAAUCAUGUCUUAAUUUGUCUGUAGGUCUGAGGUUAUACCCGUCAUUUUAUAUCGAUUCUAAGAGCACCGCAGGGUAAAUUCUGAUAUGCCAAUGAAGAUUUCAACUUUUGGUACCAAACAAGUAAAUGACUAUACCCCUGGUUAAGUCUAUGUGUAACUGCAAUGUUAACUAUAAAAUAAAAUGACGGCCACGAAAUUUUCAUGCAUUACCAUUUGAAAUCCUUUUUUUAUUUGUGCAGUAUAAAAUGCUUAAUAC